CGCGGUCCCGCCUCCCGCCUCCCGCCCCCCGCCGGCUCCGCAGCGCCAGCUCGGCAGGCGCGGGGCGUAUGUGUGGAGAGACCCGCCGGGCUCCAACUCCGCAGCGUCGGAGCGCGGCGGGCAGCAACUUUCUCCCCGAAGCGGCCGUGGCGGCGGCUGCUGCCGUGGCAGCCGGAGCGGAAGCCGGGAGGAAGAAAGCGGCGGCAGCGGCGGUUGCUCCCGCCGGCUCGGGCUGUCCAGCUCGCCGAGACUGUCGGCCCGCGGAGCCGCGUCCCCCCGGGCAGCCCCGGGCCCCUGCCCUAUGUCCCGCAAGGCGAGCGAGAAUGUGGAGUACACGCUGCGGAGCCUGAGCAGCCUGAUGGGCGAGCGGCGCAGGAAGCAGCAGGAGCCGGACGCGGCGAGCGCGGCCGGGGAGUGCAGCCUCCUGGCGGCCGCCGAAUCGAGCACCAGCCUGCAGAGCGCGGGCGCGGGCGGCGGCGGCGUCGGGGACCUGGAGCGCGCGGCGCGGCGGCAGUUCCAGCAGGACGAGACCCCCGCCUUCGUGUACGUGGUGGCCGUCUUCUCCGCGCUGGGCGGCUUCCUGUUUGGCUAUGACACCGGGGUGGUGUCAGGGGCCAUGCUGCUGCUCAAGCGACAGCUCAGUCUGGACGCACUGUGGCAGGAGCUGCUGGUGUCCAGCACGGUGGGGGCUGCUGCCGUCUCGGCGCUGGCCGGAGGCGCCCUCAACGGUGUCUUCGGCCGUCGCGCUGCCAUCCUCCUGGCCAGUGCCCUCUUCACCGCCGGCUCCGCGGUGCUGGCCGCGGCCAACAACAAGGAGACACUGCUCGCUGGCCGCCUGGUCGUGGGACUCGGCAUCGGCAUUGCUUCUAUGACAGUGCCAGUGUACAUUGCGGAGGUCUCGCCACCCAAUUUAAGAGGCCGAUUAGUCACCAUUAAUACCCUCUUCAUCACAGGAGGGCAAUUCUUUGCAAGUGUUGUUGAUGGAGCCUUCAGUUAUCUCCAGAAGGAUGGAUGGAGGUACAUGUUGGGACUCGCAGCAAUUCCGGCGGUUAUACAGUUUUUUGGCUUUCUCUUUUUGCCUGAAAGCCCUCGAUGGCUUAUUCAGAAAGGACAGACUCAGAAGGCCCGUAGAAUUUUAUCUCAGAUGCGUGGUAACCAGACCAUUGAUGAGGAAUAUGAUAGCAUCAAAAACAACAUUGAAGAGGAGGAAAAAGAGGUUGGCUCAGCUGGACCUGUGAUCUGCAGAAUGCUGAGUUAUCCCCCAACUCGCCGAGCUUUAAUUGUGGGUUGUGGCCUACAAAUGUUCCAGCAGCUCUCAGGCAUUAACACCAUCAUGUACUACAGUGCAACCAUUCUGCAGAUGUCUGGUGUUGAAGAUGAUAGACUUGCAAUAUGGCUGGCUUCAGUUACAGCCUUCACAAAUUUCAUUUUCACACUUGUGGGAGUCUGGCUUGUUGAGAAAGUGGGCCGCAGAAAGCUUACCUUUGGUAGUUUAGCAGGUACCACUGUAGCACUCAUUAUUCUUGCCUUGGGAUUUGUGCUAUCAGCCCAAGUUUCCCCACGCAUCACUUUUAAGCCAAUAGCUCCGUCAGGUCAGAACGCCACUUGCACAAGAUACAGUUACUGUAAUGAAUGUAUGUUGGAUCCAGACUGCGGUUUCUGCUACAAGAUGAACAAAUCAACUGUCAUUGACUCCUCCUGUGUUCCAGUUAAUAAAGCAUCUACAAAUGAGGCAGCCUGGGGCAGGUGUGAAAAUGAAACCAAGUUCAAAACAGAAGAUAUAUUUUGGGCUUACAAUUUCUGCCCUACUCCAUACUCCUGGACUGCACUUCUGGGCCUUAUUUUGUAUCUUGUCUUCUUUGCACCUGGAAUGGGACCAAUGCCUUGGACUGUGAAUUCUGAAAUAUAUCCCCUUUGGGCAAGAAGUACAGGAAAUGCAUGUUCAUCUGGAAUAAACUGGAUUUUCAAUGUCCUGGUCUCACUAACAUUUUUACACACAGCAGAGUAUCUUACAUACUAUGGAGCUUUCUUCCUCUAUGCUGGAUUUGCUGCUGUGGGACUCCUUUUCAUCUACGGCUGUCUUCCUGAGACCAAAGGCAAAAAAUUAGAGGAAAUUGAAUCACUCUUUGACAACAGGCUAUGUACAUGUGGCACUUCAGAUUCUGAUGAAGGGAGAUAUAUUGAAUAUAUUCGGGUAAAGGGAAGUAACUAUCAUCUUUCUGACAAUGAUGCUUCUGAUGUGGAAUAAUUUUCAGCUGCUCAUAUAUUUAGUUAUUUAAACAAACUGGGGGGAGAAGAACAGCAAUUGGUGGCCUCACUGCCCUGCUUCUAAUCUGGUUCUUUCCACAGUCUAGUUUUGAUUGACUUCAUAUUCUAGAAUACUUGAUUAGGAGGAAGAUACAACCACGAUGACUUUUUUUUCCCACAAGGAACAAUAUUUUAAAAAAUAUUUACAGAGAUUUUAAUCUAAUAAUUCUUAAGCAAAUGUGUGUAAUGCCUUCCUGAAAUAGUCUAAAAUGAAUAUUGUACCCAGUGACUUCAGUGGUAUCCUUUUUUCCUAAGACCAUUUAUAAUUAUUAGUGGCAACAGAGUCAGUGCUAAUCUAGCCAAAUUACAUAUGUAUAAUAUAUUUAUAAAGGAUUCUGGGAGAUGGUCCAAGGGUGUUCUGUGUCAAAAGAUGGCCUAUUGGCCCUCAGUUUUCCUACAGAGUAGUGGCUUAUCUCUGAUCAGUUGUUACAAACUAAAUUCCAUGUAAGCUUUCAUCAACAAAUUCCAAAGUGCCUCCUACAAGGGCACAGCUGUCCCUGUCUCCUUUGGAUUCCAUAUUUUUGUUUCUCUCCAAUUCAGAUAUUGGGAGUUCUUCAGAUACUGACUCUGCACACUAUCUUUUGAACAUUAUGAAAAUAUAAUCUGUCGGGUUGUUUUCAUACUUCUUUUUUUUGCAUCAGUGAUAAGGCAUACAUUUGCGCAGAUGAGCUAGGAAGUUUUGAGAAGUACCUUUUAUGGUCAGAAAGUAACAGAUUAAAGGUUUUUAUGGGUUCCAAAUUGGUUAGUCACUUAGGUAUGCAAUUAUAAAUGCAAAAUAGUGCCGGAUCUUUAACUGUAUAUCAGGGUCAGUUUUUGUUCAUGCCUAAAUCACUACACCUUCCUCAUUGGCCUUAGAGUCCUACUAUUUUGUGCCUUCAUUUGUGUUACAUACAUAGCUGCAAGCAAACCAUUUUUCCCCUUUCUUUUAUUCAAACAAUAAUUUUUGAAACAAAAAAGAGGAAGGAAAUCAGUGGCAGAAAUAAUCCCGCUGUUAUUGGUGUUUGUUUAAUAAAAAUAAUGGGACUUUUUUCUUAACUUUUUAUUAACUCUUCCUAAGGGAACUGUCACAUAUUAUUAUUUAAUUGUACUUGUCUUUUUUUACUUUAAGAGCAUAAACUCGUUUUUAUUUUGCACACUUUUCUCAUUUUCCUGAGAAUUUACCAGAAAAAAAAAAGAUACAUAGAUUUGUCUCUGUGUUUUUCUUAUCAUUGGCUUAGUUUUUCCUUCUUGUCUAAAAAUUGAGAUUGCCUAUUGGAAUAGAUAAUUGGUUCUAAUAUAGCACGUCUAUAAGAAAUGCAGACUUAACUAUAUUUCUACAAUGUCUUUCCAAAGUAUUCAUUGGUUUUUUGGUAAUUCAUCACUGAACUCUUAAUUUUUGCUUUUCUAUUAAGAAAUAUAUAGUAUGUACAAAAUUACUUGAUCACAAAAUUACUUGCUAGUUCCAGGAAAAAUAUGAAUGAAUCUUCUGUGGCCAGUUAAGAAUACAUCAGUUUGAUGCAUUUUUAAACAGCCCUAAACAUCUAAUAAGAAGGUAGUGUAUUUGGAGAGAAAAGGUGGCUAUCUCCAUAUUCAAAAUAUUUCUGCCAGUCUCCAAGAUACUCUGUUCUUUUAAUGUCUGGCUUGUUCCUAUCACAGUUAUCAAGCUGAGAAUACAGCUGAGGAAGUUCAUUCUCUAAGUAAGUCACCAGAGGUACAAUAUGUGCUUAAACAGUCAAUUUAGUGCCCUAAAAAUCCAUUAACCAAAAACAAAAACAUUUUCUCCCUUUGGUCACUUCAUAUAAUAAAAAAAGUUAAUAUCUUAGAGAGGUUUUUUCCUUGAAUUAGGUGCUUUAACAAUUGAUUUCCAAGGGAAUAUUAGUAUUGACUUUUUCCUCAGAAAAGCAGAUAUGAUUUAAUAUUGAAAAUUAUUAUUCUAUUGAUAUUUCUUAUCUCAUAAGAAAUUUCUUAGCUAAUAUUUUACAGGUAAAUUGAAGUGAAAAAUAAGCUACUAUGUGGUACAAUCAAAAUAUAAUAAGGAGAAAAAAUAGACCAAUAAAGUGCUCUCUAAAAAUUUAUUUUUUGGACUUAAUCAAAAUAAUUGCCUCAAUUCUUCUCUUUAUUGUAUACGUAGCCUUAACUAUAUACUUAUAAACUCAGCUGGGCUGAUGCACAGUAACUUUAUUAAAGGAGAAACUGGACUCUUGUUAUUUCCUAAAACAGAACAUGGCCUGUUCUCCCUGAUAUAAGAAAACAAUGUUUUCAACUUUAUAACCAUAAAUGCACAUAAUAACAGGGAAAAUUAGCCACAGUUCUCCUCCCCUACUCCCCUGGGCCCCUACUUUAAAGGACUAUUUGUUAUUUAUAUAGUGUUAAAGAUAAUAUUCCAUAUCUUUGAAGUAUAAGAGAGGCACAGUAUAAGAAUUAUUUAUAACUUUUUAGAAACAAAUAAUUACUUGAAAAGGAACCUUAUACAGUUAGGGUAUUAUUUUUAGAUUUGGUGAACAUUUAUAGUAUAUUAAAAAUUAAAUGUUUAAACUUUGCAGGUUUUUUUAUAUUAGGCACCUUUUAAGUUCCCAGCAUAUUUGGCUACCACUGUUAACUUGGAAACAUUCCAUUUGAAGUAUCAUCAAAUAUAUAUUUUGUAGGACAAUUUAUAUAUGAUGUGAUUUGACCUACCAUAUUAAAACAGACACAGAUUACGUAUCAUGCUUUCAACCAAAAUUACAGACUUCCUUUGAAACAUGCUGCAGAUUUGAUAGAGGUGUAUUAUGUCUUAGGAAAAUACAAUGAAGAAGGUCUGAAUCCCUAUUGAGGCUGGAUGGCUGAUCUGCUCUAGACUUAAGAGGAUAUAUCAUUUCAUCUGCAUAUAAACACACAGGGCUGAAUGUGACGUCAAAAGGGUUUGCCGUUAAUAAUUUUCUUCAAUGUAACAUUCCUAAUAAUUUUGAUUGUUGCUCCUUAGUCAAUCACUUCCUAAAACAUGAUUAUUUUUAAUAUAUGUAAAAUAUUUAAAUAAUAAAUAAUAAAAGGUAAUGUGUCCAUUUUAAACUUUGUUCCCAGCUAUACGCAGUAGUUCCCUGAUACAAAAUGCUAUGAGAAUACCGAGUAUUUUUUCAUAAUUUAAUUUUACCACUGAACCUGAUUUUAGUACAUAAGAGUCUAAAUAUUAAGUUAUUCACUCUAAAAGGGGAAAUCAGUAAAAGCAAGGAAUUUAUGAAAUUUUUGCUGUAAUUUCAGUAUCUGUUAUACAGGGGAAGAAUGAUCAGGAAAAAUAUAAGCUGACAACUUACCCUUUUGCUCUUCAACAACAAAAUAAUAUUGAAAAUAUAUUAGAAUAACUCACAGAUCCAGAAGUUGGUGGAAAUGGAAGAAUGUUUUAGAAAAUACUAUCCAUAUGUUUAUCUAAGAAAGUCUCAGAAUUUAGUGACACUAAUACAGUUCAUAAAUACAGUGGAGAGAGUUGGAAUGUUAUUUUGGUUUUAUUUCAUCAGCACAAUUAUUAAAAACAACAAAAUUAAUGAGAUGUUUUGUUAUAAUCAGAUUUUUUUUACCAUAUUGCAAGUUAUAAAAUGUCAACUUAUACUAAGUACCUAACAAACAACUGACUUUUAUUCACUUGUUGUGACAAGUUUUUAAUUACCAAAUUAAGACCUUUUCAGUGUCUAUGAGUAAAAGAAAUAGAUGAUUGUAUCAGACCAGGAGCAGAGAAUUUAUAAUAUGUGCUUUAUAGCAAAAUGUAUUAAAUUGUGGUUAAAAUUUAUAGCUCAUAUGUAGCUGCUGCCAAUAAGAAGGCUCAGAAUUGUUCUCUGGAUUAAUUUUUACAUCGUGUUUUCUGUCACUUUUACCAAUCUUCUUAGCCUCAUGUACAAUAAUGUAAAGCCAAUUUGAUGAAAUGGUUCACGUUGUAGCAGUCUAUAAAUUGUCGGUACAUUCAGCUCUUCUAGGUGAGCAAUACUGCUGCUGUUUUUCUAGAAAUAGCAAUCAUUUAAAAAUGCCAAAUAGCUAACUGCUACCAACUGUUUCUUGUAUCUUGUCUCUUUAGAGAAGGAAAUUUUUGAGUGCCAAUAAUCAUCAAACAGGUGUUUUAUAAGAGUGUUGAUGUUCAGAACUUCAUGGAAGUAUUUUAUCCCUAUAAUUUGCUCGUGAGCUAAAACAAUAUAAUUUAUGUAAACCUUUAUAUGUACGAAAUAUAUAGUCUGUUGUACUUCAGUAAUUUGGUCUAUGGAAUUUUAAAUGCCUUCAUUUAGCAGUAAUAUUCACAUUUUUAUUUUAGACAGUCAAGUUCAUGUGUUUGAUUUUGUCAUGUCAGUAUAAAUGAGAAGAAGAAGUGGAUCAUGCAGCUAAUGAGUAACCAACAUUUUGUAAAGUUUUAAAGUAUUAGCAAACUUAACAUUAUUCCAUCUCAUUUAAAGGUUAAAAAAGAGGAGACAACUCUAGCCAAAGUAGAAAUUUAUAUUCUACACGUCCAAACUGUCUCCUAGCAGCUUUUGGACUAUAUAUCACUUGAUGUUAAAGUAUCUUUUAUUUGUAAUAAAUGUUCAAAUUUCUAUUUAGAAGCUCUAAUGUAUACCUAGAUUAAAUCAUAUCACAGUUUUAUGCUUUUAAAAUAUAUGUAUUUCAAACUGUAUAUUUUAAUUUCUGAGUGCAUGUUAUAUAGUAUUUAAUACUUCAGAUGUCUUGGCAAAUUCAAUAUAAAUAUUUAUUCUCACAAGCGAUAUAUGGGAUAUCUCUUAAAAAUUAUGAAUAUGUACCAUUUCCUUCAAAGUUAUACUAGCCUAUGCUGUAUCAAAAGUAUUGUAUAUUUUAUGGAGAUUUAGUGAUAUACAUGUAAAUGUUUUUUAAGUUAUUUUAUUGAAGUUCAAUCUUUACAUAAAAUUAAAAUCUUUUUUUAAAAAAAGUGUCAGUGCCAGAACUGUAAAUGAAAAUAAUCAAAUAAAAGUUAAAAUAAUUCAUUACUCA